UAAAAAAAAAGAUAAUAUCUUUAAUUAAUACAGAAAAAUUAAUAGGAUAUUUUGAACUUAUGAUAUAAUCAUCAGAUGAUAUCUUAGGAACAUUAAAGUAAACUAAAAAAUUAAAAAAGUAUAAAAAAUAAACAAAUAUAGUUAAAAUAAUAAAUAAAUAUAAGACUAAGUUGAAGAAGACUUUAUAUAUGGAGGUUUAAUGUUAGAAGAAAUGUUGGAUUAAAACAAGAAUUUAUUCAAAAACAUAUUAUUAAAAUACUAAAUAAAUAUAGAAAUAGAUCCAGUUAUAAGAACAGCAAUAAAAAAUGUAAAAUAAAUAAAUAAAUAAAAUAAAUAAAAAAUAAAAUAGAAAUUCGAUGCUGAUUCUUAAAUUUAAGAAAAAGACAUAGAAGAUUUUUUAAAAAGAUAUUACAAUAAAUUCAAUAUAAAAACUACAGACGAAACAUAAAAAAAUGACGAAGAAGAUCGCGAAUCAAAUUGGGAAAAUAAUACUAGUCAAGCGGAUGAUGAUGUAGUUUAUUUAGAUGAUGAACUAGUGAAUGAAAUGGACAAUAGUUUUGACCAAAAAGAGGUAUAAGUAGAUGAAGAGGAAAAAAAGAAGAAGAUAAUGACGUAUCAUCAGACUAAAGUAAAGAAAAGAUUGUCGACAUGAGCACAAAGACCUUUUUAAAACACACAGACUUCGUUUCUACCUUAAAUUUUCAUCCGUAAAACCCAAAUAUUUUCAUUUCCGGAGGUGGUGAUGAUAUAGCAAGAACUUGGGAUAUAAAUAAUCCUGAUAAACCUCUUAUAGAAAUUCCUAAGCAAAAUGAAACAAUAGAUUUUGCGAAAUUCAAUUUUGAUGGUUCUCUUUUCGUUACAGGAGCUUUAGACGGAAGUGUGAAAGUAUGGACUUCAAAUGGAGAAUUUAAAAAAUUAUUAGAAGGUCCCACUGAUGAAAUUAGAUUCCUCAACUGGCAUCCUAAAGGUAAUGUUGUUAUUGCAGGAAGUGCAGAUAAUUCAGUUUGGAUGUGGAAUGCAAUUUCAGGUUAAUAUAUGUCUACUUUUACAGGUCAUUAAUAGCCCUUAACUUGUGGAUAAUUUUCUCCUGACGGAAAUUUAAUUUUGACAGCAUCAGAAGAUGCAUCGGUCAGAAUAUGGAAGCCAAAAACAGGAGAAUUAAUAAAAAAAAUAUCAGGUUUUGGAUUUCAUCAAGAAUAGAUUGUCUGUUUUGAUAUUCAUCCUGUUUAAUGUAUAUUAGCUUCAGGAUCUGUUGAUAAAAUUGCUUGUAUAAGUAAUUAUUAAACAGGAAAAGUUUUAGGUAAAACUAUUGAGCAUGAUGAUGGUGUUGAAUCUGUUCUUUUUGAUUCUAAAUUAGAUAUUUUCUACACAGGAAGUUUAGAUGGAUUUGCUAGAAUUUUCGAUUUAAAUAAAAUGACUUUAAAAGAUAAAAUUAGCGUAGAACAUUCUGUUACUAAAAUGAUCUUUUUAAAAGAAUAUAGUUUACUUGUUGUGGGUAAUUGUAAUGGAGAAAUACAUUAUUUCGAUCAUAGAAAAAAAGGAAUUGUUGGAAAAUUAACUAGUGGAAGCUCUUCUAUGUUAUAUGAUUUAGUUUAAUAUUAAUAAAAUAAGUUUUUAGCUUCUUUUGAUGAUGGGGCUAUUAAAUUAUUUGAAUUAUGAUUUUUUUUUAAAAAAACUUU